AUGGCCGAGGACUGCGAGAAUGGCGACUGCAAAGCCGACGCUGUGGGCUUCGCAUCACUUGCUUCGGCCAUGGUGAGAUGCAAAGAUCACAGCAUGAUGAUAUACAAUCGCUUCGAUCACUUGUCGACUAGAAAUCUUCUCUACUUACAAAGCGAGCUUGCCGCACUUCAACGCCAACAAGAUGACUUUGAUCGGGAAGACUUCUUUGACGCUCAGACCGAUACCAGGAACAUUGCUCGCAGCUGGGAAGCUUUUGAGAGUGCAGCAAAGAUUCAAGGGACCAGAGCAGCAAAAAGAAUGGCGUUGGUCAGGAAGAUAAGGAGCAAAAUUAAGGAGUACAAGGAGGCUGUUUUGCUCGAUGCCGAUGUGUUGGCACUCCGUCGUCCAUCUAAACAGACAUUUAGAGCUUUUGACCAGGUCUUCAUGAAUGCGAAUGAAGGACGAUUUCCUACGCUAGGAGGCAGCAGCAGCGCGCUUUACAAUGACCGACAUGACAUCAGCGCGUUGGCUCGGCCGCUAGAAGAGGAUCGACUAACAAGCUUUCUGCGAAAGCAUUGUCUACUUCUCUUCCUGGAGAGAUAUCCUGACCGUGAUUCUCGCCUUGUCUAUGUCUCUACAAGACGCAUCGCUGUUGUGGUUGGCCUUAUCAAUGUAUUGCUUGCCGCGGCUUUCCUGUUCGGUGCGAUCUACAACCUGUACUAUGUGGAUCAAGAGAAGAUCAAAUUGAGACUCAUAGCUGGCUACACAACUGCCUUUGCAUUGUGUAUCAGUCUUGUCACCAACGCUAAGAGGUCUGAGAUAUUUGGAGCCUGUGCUGCAUACGCGGCUGUGCUUGUGGUUUUCGUCAGUGGCAGCCUUGGAAGCGACUCGGCAAGUGGCCUUGGGUGA